CUCCUGGGACGUCAAGCUGCUGCUGCUGCUGCUGCUGCCGUCGUUGGUGCUGCUCAGAGAGUCUGAGCUGGAGGUGACAAUGGCAGUUCAGUUCUUUUGGAAAGCAGCAGCCAUGGUGGAGAAGCACAGGACUUGUGUUCUGGCAGUUUCUUGUGCUGGACUUCUUGGGGCUAACUUAACCGUCCACCUCAUACCUGGGCAGACAUUCAAACCAUUGUGUCAGGCUUGGUUAAAUGGAAGACAAAUGCAGCCUUCAGAAAAAAUGCUGACCUUGUUCCGUGAUAUCCUCCAUGAAGGCAAAGUGAGGGCAGCAAAUCGUUACCAAGCUUUCUCAGUCUCCAUCUUCCCACCAUUGGGUGCUGGACUUCCAUGGCUGCCUGCCGGUUGUUUUGUGGGCAUCCCUGCCAGUUUCAAUGAUACAGACUGUGAUGAAGAAAUGAUUAGCAAGCUUGGUCUUAUGGUUAACGGCAAAAACGUGGACUGGGAGUCUGAAGAAGGCCAGGCUUUCAAAAGAACCUUGAUACUUUCUCCAGAGGCCCAGAAGUUUGCAAUUGCAAGAGAAAUCAUGUACUUGCAAAAUGGUGGCCCCUUGAUACGUGCAAGUGUAGGACCUCUUUGUCUGGCUGGAACGUACAUCUCUGGCGUAGCUAUAAAACAGUUCCUGGGCUUGUAUUCAGCUCCAGUGCUCUUCCGUGGUCUUUACAACAUCACUGUGGCCGCAGUUGGAUUUGUGGCCUACUGCCUCUUGUUUGACAAUGUGAGCCGAGUAGUGGAAUAUAGUGCAGACAGAAAAGCAGCCACUAUUUCCACUGAUUUUGCCAAAGGUGGAGUGGAAUUCUAUGAUAAAAUUCUGUCCCAAAAUAAGAUUCGUCGUACGCUCAUGGGGAAAAAUGGGGAGAAGAUAUUUAGCCCAAGUGGUAAUAUUAUCCCAAGAUAUGGGAUCAGAUCAAAACAUGCACCACUUACUUCCAGAAGGGACUUGAUUAUCAAAAUUUUAAACAUGCCCCAGGCAUAGGGAAGGUAUGAUUGAAUUUUAAACUGAUGAAUUAUUUCUUUUUGGAAGACUUAGCCUGAUUUCCAGUUUGUAACAACUUUGGUAAUAUUUCUACUGGGGAAGAAAGGGCUUGGUUUUUGUUUUGUUGCUCUCCUGUAUUCACUGGAUAUGUCUGUCUUAAAAAAAUUAAAGCCUUGCUUAAAGUUUGUUUGUCCUGUGUGUCUCUAAAAUCUAUCUUAAAAGCCCGAGGGAGUAUUACCUGCCAGGCACUGCAUUGGACGGCACUAAGCAGGAAAAGUUGUCAUUCUUUUUAUUUAGCAUAUUAUUUUGAAGGAAUAUAAAAAGUGUAAUACUUCACGUAGGAUGUUGUGAUCGUAUUGUUGUCAUCAAGGGAGCAUGGUGUGUGUAUUUAAGGUACUUUAGAAGAAAAACAAGCAUACGAGUUCCUAACCAUCUUGGAUUAUGGAGAAGAAAUUAAUAGCCAAAAUCCAGUAGUAAGACUUAACUAGAGGAAUCAGUGGAACUUAUGAAGGAGUU